CCAAAGGGGUACUGCUUUGAAUAUGUACGUACUGGUCAUUGCCGACGCCAGAGAUGCAUGUUCAGGCAUGCUCUACUUGAAGCACCAAAGUCCUGUCAGGGGGACAACAAUGGACAACAAGCAAACAAACCACCAUCUACUGGUAGUCGAAUUAUGGGACAAGUCAUGAUGUCAAAUCAUCCUAGUUACAUUGGAACCCAACAAUCCAACAUCCAUACUCCAUCCCCUUACCCAUCCCCUCCCCCUCCUCCUCCUCCUCCUCCUCCUCCAGCGUCCCACUAUCCCCAACACCCGGUUUCUGAGUUCCAGCCUCAUACCCAAUUAUAUGAAGGUUCUGCUGUCCCCCAUUCAGCCUUAAUGCACCCCAGCACCCUUAGUCACUACCCGCACCCACAAGCACCUCCGCAGUUUUACAACCCCCAGUACAGGGGAGUCUCUCAGAACCUUCUAACCUCAAAGAACGCCGUGGACUUCAUCCUAGACCUCUCUCGCUGGGGGCAUGUUAGUAAAGCCUGGCAGGAGUUCCAGAGGACUGGUCUUCCACGUGCCUCCAGCCUGCCCCUGAUGGUGCAGAUCUUACAUGGAUGUUGUGGACAGAACGUAAGAGAUCCUGCCAAGUGGUCUGUUGCUUAUUGCAUUCUUGAGGAGAUCUCCCACAUCCCUCAGUACGACUGUACAGCCCAGUGUAUGUUGCUCAUCAAACAUCUCCUGCAGGAUGGCCAAACUGGCGACCCAGCAACCUUCCACCUCAUGGCAAUGAAUGUGUUCAAUAAUCUAUUACCGAUGAAGCCCAACAUGACUGAUAUGAACAUGGCAUUAAUUAAUCGAAUGGGGAGAAUGCUUCUUGAGCUGAACCACAUCCACCCUCUGUGUGACCUAGUCAUGGGGAUCAUCAAGAGGAAAGCUUUCAAUUGUUUGCCUUCCCCAGACAUUAUCAAUGGCAUCAAGACGUCUUUGCAGAAGGAAAACGAUCUCAACACUCUUCAAACACUUGUGACUGCACUGAAUGAAACCCAGAAUGUACAAGAAACAUCAACUAUGGAGAUAGACUUUGAAAACAACAACAGCACCGUCGAUCCGGCCAGAAAACUGAUGGACUCGGACAGUAAGAAGUGCCCAAGUGAGGUCUUUGAGGCAUCUUUCUCCAUCCAGCAGUGUACCAUGUGGAAGGACACCAGAGACACCCUCUUGGAUCUCUGUCAACGACGGCCGGAUGUGGCCAGGGCUAAACCGGUCAUCCAGGAAUUGAUGAAGAAGCUUGUUGAGCCUGCCGACAUGGCUGGCUCCAAAUUCAACAAUUUUGUGACUGUUUUCAGUCGGCACUUCAAGGAUGUGAACCUCGUUCGUGUCCUCUCCCGUCUUGGUAUCAACUGCCUAGCAAUGUGCUGCUCCACCCAUCAAUGGCAACAGGCCUUCUACAUCCUGGACUGCCUCUCUACCAACCACUUCCCAUACCUGCAGGAGCUCGGUUCCGACAUCCUGGUCCCGCAUCCCAAGUUGAAGCUCUUCAACUGGGACGUCUCGGAGGUGUGGGUUGCCUUGGUGUCCCAGGUGUGCCUCGAGGUCCGAGAGCCGAAAUAUGCAACGCAGUUAUUGGCAGAUCCAAACAUCAAUGUUUCAAUUGAUGAAGAAGAUGAAGGCAGUCACAAUCCACUGUUCCAUCUCAGCUGCAAGAAGUUGGAACAGCUUGUAAGAUUGUGUGUUGAUAAGUCAGCCUUCUCGCAGAGUCUGGUCCCCUUGAAGCAUCUUCAUAAACAGAACCAUUAUGAACGAUAUACUUCAUUGUUCAACCAAGUGCUUUUCGCGUCCCUUGACAGUCGCAACAAGGCGUACUUCUCAAUCUACCAGGAGAUGCAGACAGAGCGAGCGAUGACGCUAGAAAAGCGCAACUAUCGCUUGCUGAUCAGUGUCCUAUGGAACACCGGCACCGAUUACAAACAGCAAUAUGCUCGUCAACUUCACACACGUGGCUUCAACAAUGGCAUCUACAUUAAGUUCAAGAAAGACCAGAAAUACCACGAAGCGUGCCUCUUGUUUGAUUUAACAGCCGGGGAGGUGAAUCUUACGAUGGAAAGCUUCCUAACGGACGCCCACACACUCGAAAUUGUCGCCAAACACAAGCAACGAAGCACCUGCACUGUAAAGCUGAGCUUCAUCAAUAACGAUCUUGUGUUGGCGCCAAACUCUGCAGGUCCGAGGAAUAUCUUGAGGUUGGUUGAUAGCUACUUGGAGGAGUCGACUCCGCCCAUCAAGUGGAAAAACUCCUCAUUGAGAGCUGCGAGUGAGGAUGUGUACCACCAGUCAUACUUGUUGGACUUGGAUAGCGUCGGCAAGUGGCUGGAGAAACAAGGUAUGUAAAGUUCUGAAGCAGCACAAAUCUCAGUUCUCAAAAUCUGGUUUGGAAAAGACAUCUUCUUGUACUGGUCACUGAAAGUUGCAAAGGUUGAAAAGUUUGUAAAUAGCUGUGUAUUCUUUUCUGCAUGUGAUUUUUAAGGAUUUUUUUCCAGACUCAGUAUUUUCUCAAAACCACUAUAAUUUUCUUAAAAGAGGUAAAGCAGUCACAAAAGGGAGACAGAAAUAGUCCGCCAUUGUGUCCAAACCUGUAGUUUUUAUAUUUCUGAUGAGAGUCCGAAACCUCCUGAGUUAUAAUAGAAUAAUUAAACGUCUAGAACAAUUAAGGGGAAAA